AUGGACUUUGCAAAAAGAAGGGCCAGCCAGCAGCGCACGUGGCAGGUCGACGCGAUGCUGACUCAGAAGUACAGGGGCGACCACAUCCUGGCCAAAGAAACGGCCCCCGUGGCGCUGCUGACCAACGAUCACGACCACGCCGCCCCCAAGAAGCUGGCCGAGAGCGAGGCACUGCCCAACAACGGGGAGGCCGCAGGUGGCUGCACGGGCCUGGCUUGA